AUGAUUUACUCGUUGCUAUCAUACCUGAUAGCAGCAUAUCUUCUAGUCCUCCUACUGCUCAAUGCCAUUCCCAAGGUCAGCGUCAAGUUCCUUGGCUGGUUUUCCUUGGGCCACAUUUCUGUUACCUUGAAGAAGACCACACUCCACAUCGGAAGGGUGCGUUUGAGGUUGAACUUGAUCCGUGGCAAAGACAGUGUUUUCAAGUUGUUCAGGCUUGAGAUAUAUGAUGUAACGUUGCGAUGCAAGGAACAUGGAGGCGAUGCGUCAUCCCCAGAUUCGAGUGGAAAGGAUGAAAAGAAUGCAAGCAAGACGACACACGGGCCAAGAAAGCCGUUCACCCUUCCGAAAUGGUUGAUUGACUUUUGCGUCAAGUACCAGAUCACCAACAAGGUCUACAUCCAUGUGUUCCGGUGUUCCGUCUACCACCAAGCUACUCACGAGCUUUUGGCCCUAUACACCGAUGACUGUAAGGUCGAAACGGCAGUCACCAAAGACGGUGACGCGAGAUUCAGCUUCAGUUUACAUAAUGGACAGUUACAUGAAAUGGAUGGAGAAAAAGAACAGCACAAAGUCUUCAGAAACGUUGAGUUUGGAGUAUCAAGUAACUUGGUAACUUCAUGCACAAGAGAAAAUCCCCAUAGGGUCACCCUUGCGCUUGAAAAUAUUCGAGUAUCCUCAUCUGUCGGUAAGUUGUACUUGCCACUCGACAAGAUGUUGCUCGAGAGGAGUCGCAACAAAGAAAUAAAAUCGCAAGAAGCAUCUACAGAUCACACCAAACUUCCCUUGGAUAGAAUCCAAAAUUCUUUAAAGAAAAUUCUUCCAUUAUUCACGUCAGCAACUUUUUCGUUAGAGGAGUUCGAUUUCAAGUAUUAUGACUUAAAUCUUCAGGCAUCAAACUUUGUGGCCAACUUAAGUAAAGAAAGGCCCGAUGAUGCUCCUGAAAAGUUGAGCUUGAGUCUUUUCCUUACUGCCUUUAAAAUUCUUGAUGGCGAGAGUAAGUGCAUGAAUUUACCGUCGGGUUCAUUUAAGACAGUUUUGGAUCCAGUAAGCUUCCUCAGCGUACUCAAUGCGUUCAGAAUCGGUGAUUUGGGGAGCACUGAAGAAUUCAUAGAUUGGGAUACUGCAUUGAAUUUGACCAAUCCUCAUUUCGAUAUAUACUACGACCAGUUAGAGGGUAUCCUCAACAAAAUUGCAGAAGAACCAAGUGAAAGUCACAAGAAAGAAACUAUGGAAAGCAAAGUUGACAAUGCAGUCCAAAAGUCCAGUACUUCCAUAAGUGAGAAAACAGAGACCAAGAAGUAUGAUCUCGUAUUGUUACUACAAAAAUUGAGAAUGUUGUCAGUUCGGUUGCUUGUAUUGGAUUUCCAAAUUAAUUUCCACUAUCCCCCCCUUGGAUUUACACCCAAUGACAAGUAUAUUAGAAAUUCCAAAGAUAACUUGGUCUGGACACACACAGUCCUGGCACUUUUGAAUACAUAUUCUACCAAAAACUUUGCCAGCUUGAGCAAGCGGAAGAAACACAAGUUAUCAUCGUUAUUCAGAUUGAAAAAUGUCAGAACCAAAGUUAUGGGUAAUCUGAUUCAUGUGAACAAAUUGAGCAUUUUAGGUGUGUAUAAUAUAAAGGAGCAUACUUUUGGAGUUAACUUUGCCACUGGAGUUGUGAAGAUACAAUCUGUGAAUGAUGCAAUCUUUCAUCUUGUGAGAAGAAUAAGAAAUAGGGAAAAUGUGAGGUACAAUAAUAAGGUUAAAUCACUUGAGGAAAUGGAUCCAAUUGAUCUGGCGCCGAUUGAUUAUGAGUCUCCUGAAUCAUAUUAUCAUUUAUUCGAAAUUCUACCAUCAUUUUUCUCCCAUGUUCAAAUGAGAAUUUCUGCCAUCGAAGCUGAUAUUCUUUGCAAAGAUGGGUUACCAGCUUAUCAAACUGAGGAAGGGCUUAAUUUGGGAGACUUCAAGAGAGGUGUCUGCUUGAGGAUGAACAAUUUGCAUUUGAUCUACAAAAAGGUGAGGGAAGAAGUUUCCUUCAACAUCAAGUCGAUUACUUUGUAUACAAUCAGUGAUUGUGUGGAGGAGUAUAUUGCAGAUUUUGAUGAUAUUAGCAACAUUAAAGACCAACUGUCUGAUGAUGAUGUUUCGAGUCUCAACACCAACUUCUCAGAUAUAUCUGGUGAUGAAGGUCCUCUUGAAGAUACUAAGAAGAUCAAGAAGGUCUUGAAUUUUAAGGACUUAAUGUUGACAAACCAUUGCAAGGAUAAAAUUAACAAGGAUAAGAAUAAACUCUUUUUGGUUUUUCCUGAGAUUGACGGUAGGCUUGACAUGUUCUUCUUUUGGUGCGUAAUUUAUGCAAAAACUUUAAUGGAGUACUUCGAACCUACGGUGAAGAAGGAGUGUUCUAAUGAAGCAAAGAAGAAGCUUGAUACUGCACCAAGGAAAAGAAUUAAAUUAGAUUUGAUUCUUAACGCAAUAUCAAUAGUUUUAAGGUUGCCAAAUAAUGUUGACAUAAUGCUCGAAGUCGAUAACUUACAUCUCUCCAAGUGCUUUUCCAAUAGGUCGAUGAGUAUCAGGUAUAUCAGGCUAUACGUCAUUCAUCCUGCCACCAAGCUUUGGGCAAGAUUGUUGAUUAUUAGCGAACCAAAUAUUGAGUUUAAUCUUCAAAAAGAAAUUAGCGAGUCAACUUUUGAGGUUACUUCCAGAUCAGUCAGAUUGAAUAUUCCACAUCAAUUUUUGUUCUACACAGUUAUUGACAAUAUUUUAACACUUGCCAAAGCUUUGAAGCAAAUUGAGACUAAUUUUAAGAAAUUAAGUGUUAAUGAGACCGAUUUUACUCGGAUUAUGCCGUCAGAGAAACCUGCAAUUAUCCUUCCCCGAGUUUCCGUCAAGACUAAAACAUUUGGUAUCUCGUUGGAAAAUGAUCCUUUUGAAACUCAACUUGGUUAUAUCUAUCAGCUUGGCUUGGUUGAGCAAAGAAGUAGGCUUCAAAAAAUGAAAGUCUUUGAAGAAAAGGAAAAAGAAUUAUUAGAAUUAGCAGAACCCGAUUUGGAGGAAUUGAUCGAAUUAACAGAUGCUAGUCCAGAAAGACUGCUUCACAACCACAAUGAGAGAGAUGGCUCACAUGAUGGCAAGAGAUCUGCUAGACCCAAGUGUUCAACGUCGUUUCUUUCCAAAUCGAAGACAAAUGGGAGUGCAAUAGAGACUACACACCGUUCACCAUCCUCGUCAAGAGUUCCAUCUGUGGAGAACCAGAGGAGUCAAACGAGUAACCUAUCAGGACGGUCAUUCCACUCUAAAUUCUUCAGAGAAAACCUUCUUAAAAAGUCAAAGCUUGCACAGGAGCGUUCUAGUCGUUCAUCGAAUUUAAAGUAUUCAUUAACUCACAAAGAGGCUGCGCAAAAGAUCGAAACAGCCCGUCAGCAAUUGUUCAGAGAAUUUUCCGAUUCUUGGAUUAAAAAGUAUAAAUUGUUUACUGCUGUGAAGAAUCGUGACUGGAAAGUCAAGAGCAAAAAUGUUUGGGGAGAUGAUGAUAUUCAGCCACUGAUUGCAGAUAAGUUCGACAUAUUGGCAUAUUCUUCAGGUCCUCCUCUUUUGGGAGGUGUGUUCAAAGACUUGGACUUGUUACUUGAAAGGACUGAAAUACCAGAUAUCCACCAAUUUCUUCAUGAUCAUGGUAAAAACCAACCAAAAUUAAUAUACACCAUUUUGGUUCCUAUGUUCAUCCGUUUAAGAAGUUCUUCAUUGUACAUGAUUGUGAAAGAUUAUCCCAUUCCUCUUGUAUCAUUCCCUGAAAGUGGUGAUCCUUCUAAACCUACAAUUGAUCUUCUGGGUAAUGUGGUUAUUAAUGAGAAAUUGGUUACCAGUAGGGAAGAAAUGAGGUACAUAUUCGUGCCUUUUUCACCAGCUGCACCAUCUGGAAAUUUUGAUGAGAACUUCUACUCAACAUAUGUUCCCAGAACUUUAACACCAGUCAAGUUCACGGCAGAGCUAAUUUGUAAUUUGGUGACUUCAAGAUCAUGUAUGAUUAAUUGGUGCAAAUCAUACCAGCCAGCUUUCCUGGCAAUUUCUGCCGCUUUCGACAACUUCACGAAACCAGAAGUUGAUGAUAGCCCUAUAGGAUGGUGGGACAAGAUUGCAUUGUUAUGUCACGGUUCUGCUGUUUUCAACGUGAAAAAUGAAUUGAACUUUCAUAUGAAGAGUUCAACUGAUCCAUAUGACGUGGUUGGUAGAGCAGCAGGUUUCGUGUUCUCAUGGAAAGAUAACGUUGCAUUAAAAAUCAAUGCACACGGAAACUCCAAGGACUUGAUUAGAUUAGAGAGUGAUACGUUUACAUUGGCUGUGCCCAAUUACUCUAUGCUGGAAAAGAAAACAUGGAAUCUUUUCACUACGGGAGGAACUGAAGGUUUUGAGUACGAUGGUAGGAAUUCUGAGAAAUAUUUGAAAACUGUUGUCAAGUUGGCGUCUUCAGACAGGGUGGUUUGGAUUUUGGGUAUGAUAUUUGAAAGGAACAAAAACAAUUCGACCAAAUUAUGUGAUCAAGAGGAAAGAAUAUCUGAGUUCAAAAACCAUUGGGAUAUAAAGAUUACGAAUCCUUGUUUCGAUUCACACGAAGAUUCAUACACUGAUUUCCGUUCCGAUUAUGUACACAUGGCGUUGUCAGUUAUAUCGGAAUCUUCAAGCGGAUCUUCUGAGAUGAACUCAGGGUACUUGACACCUGUUGUAUUCAACUACUUCUUCUAUUGGUGGACAACGCUCAAUCACAGUAUAUCCUUACCUAUCAGACAAGGCAAGUUGUUUAAUAAUUCACCGGUAAAGAAGUCAUCAGUAAAAUUGGGACCUCAUCUCUUUACAAUCAAAUACUUACUUAUUUUCCAGCCUUUGACCAUUUCUCAUACCUACCUCCAUUCUAGUGAGAAGAAGCUCAAUGGUGCAGAGAGAUUAAUGUUUACUGGUCUAAAAGGACAGUUCAAGAGAUGUACAAUCGAUUUGCACCAAAGAAAGGAAUUUGUGACUUAUAUCAAUGAGCAGUUGAAUAUUCGGAAUCAAAUAAUGCAUCUUAAAAUGAAUCAAGGUGAAGUGAAUGUUGAUGAUGCGGACCUUAGAAUAAUCCGGGCUACUUAUAACAAUAAGAGUGUGAAGGAGCCAUUGGUUAGGAUGAUGAUGGGCGAUCAUAAGCCCACCUCAAACGCCGAUGCAAAUGACGACGAAGAUUCCAAUGCUUUCGAUUGGUCUGAUAAUGUGAAUCAAUAUGAUGAUGAUUUAUCUUGGGUAGACUCAGAUGAUUUUGUCGAAUUAGAAUUUAGUGAGCCCUUAUCAGAGAACCCGAAGGUCGAGGUCAUUCCGUUCUGUUACUCACCUAAGUUCAGUUACUUUCGUGAAUUUACUUUCCAUGACGAUGGACCUUAUCCAUUUGGCAAGGAGGACAUUUACAUGUACAAUAUUAAACCAACAAAUCCUGAUGAUUCGCAAGCAUCUCUAUUAGCUGAUAGGAUCAAGACGAUAAAGGGUGAAUUGAAGAAAUCCAAACAAUUGUUAGGAAACAUGAAGGGUGAUGCCUUUAGCGCAACAGAUAUUUCCAGAGUUAAAAAGGAAAUUAAGUUGAAUGAAGAUAGGUUGGAUGUUGUGCAAUCUGUGUGGGAGAAGUUUGCAGGAAGGGAUAUCCUGUGUGAUUCUUCCAUUUAUUCAGGAACGCUUUCCAGAAGGCCAACAAGAGCUUUAUCAAUGUAUUCCAGUCAUACAACUACAUACCAGAUGGAAGAGGCAAGAGAGAGUUCUGCAAAUAAUUUCCACAAUCGUUUCAUCGUUCAUAACCUACAAGUCAAGUGGGACAAUUCACUUCGUGAUAAGUUCAUGACUUACAUUCAGAAUGUUAAUGAUCGUAAAUCCAUAGGAUAUUUCAUGAGUAAGAAAGCAGUGGAUUUGGUUGAAAGUGUUAUCAAUGAUAGCUUAGAUGAAGAUGAAAGGGAAACUCUCGAUGAUAUUUUCAAUAGCUCUUACUCCAGAACUUCCGAAGAUAUCAUUGAAAACUUUACUGACGAAUUGAGCGAAGUUGCAAAUGAGGAUGAAGAAGAAAUAGUCAAUAAGUACUUGAUUAAGUUGAUACAUCCUCAAAUUCAAUUGGUUAGUGAAAAAGAUCCAGAUUCAUGUUGUUUAAUUACUUCAAAAGACUUAGAGAUGAGAAUUGUGGAUGUGACAACCAAAGGUCUAGAUCGUAUAAUAAGUGAGAGUAAUCAACUAUCAGGCACAAUUGAAUCAAGGUAUGGGGUGUUGUUCAAUGAUAGUCACAUUUUUGUCUUCAAAAAGGAUGAGAGCACUAUUGCACACCCUCAAAUCCACUAUGGAAAUGGACAUUUGAAUUCUGAUGUGAACUGGCCCCCUUGGGUGGAAUCCGAGGUUUGCUACGAUAGCUCAUGGGCAAAUAAUCAACUAAUUGCAGAGAAGAAUACUUUAGCCAUGUUGUACAAGAAGCCAAAUUACUUGUUCAGCGAUUACAAGUCAAUUCCACCCCAAAGCAAUGAGAUAAAGGUUCACUUGGCCAAGUUUGUUAUUAACACGACAUCAGAGCAAUACAGCACUGUCUUCUAUGUAAUAACCAACUUGUUGGUGCAUAGUAAAACGCACAGGGACCAAUUGCUUAAUAGGUUGGAUAAGAUUGUUUCGUUGUCGGAUUCCUCCGAUUUUGAAGGGCUUGAUAAGAAGAUAAAAGAACUCCAAACUACUAUCAGAGAGUACCAUAUUAUAUUAUUGCAGUUGGAUACAUAUAUGAACCAAUUGAGCACCACAGAGAAGGAUGAGACAGCUGCAUUGCGCAUGGAUUAUGAAAAAGCCAUCAUUGAAUUGAAUAUAUUGAUGAGAGGUCUUGGAUUGAGAAGUUCAAAAACAAAAGCCCAUAAACAGGACUCUAGAUUUUGGUCAAUCUCCGCAGAUCAAUUGAUUUGGCAUAUCUUGGAUAAGAACAGAGAACCGUUUAUUGAUUUUGCACUUGCCAGGGCCAAUUUUAAAAGAUCGGAUUCAUUCGACGGAUCGAAUAAGAACCAAGUUACCAUUUCCAUGAUACAGGGUUUUAAUUUACAGGAAAAUUGCUAUUACCCCGAGCUUUUAAGACCUCAUUUAUCCGAUCACGAUAUCGAACGGAUUGGAACAGGUAGUGCUGCUAAGAAAGAAUGUGCUAAACAGAAUCCAAUAAUCACUAUGCAAUGGGAAAUGUUAAAUGCAAUUGGUGGUAUCCCUAUCAUGCAAAAUGCCAAAUUGAGCAUCGAGCCUUUGAAUGUGGCGUUAGAUUAUGCUACAGCUAAGAGUCUUUUUGAAUUCUUAUUUCCUAAUCAAGACAGCGAGGGCGCAGAACAGAUUAUCAAAGACCACGUACAAGGGGAGGUUAAUCAAGUGAAGCAAACGAGCAAAAAGAACCCGUUCCGACAAUUGAUGAAGCGGUCUUUGAACUCUUCGAGUGAUAGCGAAAAGUCAUCGCUCGUGGAAUCAGAUUCUUUCUCUUCUACUCCUAAUUCUACCACUUUGUCGAGUAAGUUAUCUGAACUGGAUUCAGAUAAGUCGAAGAAGCCGUCAGAGAAUAGCAACGAGCUGAAGAAACGAAGCAUGACAUCAAGCAAUGAUAAUCACGAAAAUGAUAGUGACGCUGAUGAUAUAUCCAUCAUCAUAAACAGAUCUGCUAGAUACUUAUCUAUCGUGAAUAUCGAGGUGGAGAAGUUUAUGCUUCAUGUGAGCUUCAAGGCCCCACUCCAUUUGAAGUUUCUCAAUGUGCAUGAAUUAACUUUGAAUAUUCCAAGCUUGAAGUAUAAGAACAAAAUGUGGUCAGGGGAGGAGUUUGCGCUUCGGGUGAAGAAAGAUCUCAUAAAGAUAAUUCUCCAACACACCGGCAAGAUUUUAAGUAACAAGUUCAAGCAGAAGAAGAGGGAUAAGAUUGCCGAGCCAUUGAAGCAAAUUGCAGAUUAUGCAUCCUUCAUGACGUUGCAGGACUUGCAAAAGGAAGGUAGGUCUAGAGAUGCUGCGAAGACCACCGAAGGAGAUCAUCCACAUCCACAUCCACAUCCUCAUCAUGCGCAUUCUCGACAUCAUAAUGGGAAGUUGGAAAGUCCACAUUUGAUCGAAAGUUAUUUGGAGAAGGUGGAGGAGUAA